CGAAUACUCCUACGUAAAGGAUUGGUGGGAUAUAUUACUGUGCGUAUUAAAUCACAAGGGAAAGAAAAGAAGAAGAGAAAACUCAGAAAAUGACAAAAACAGAGGCAAAAAGUACCAUGAUAGGCAAGUAACGGGGGCGGCUAAUGCCGGUCAUGGCUGAUGGAGAGCCCAGCUCACCAAUAACAACGAGUAAUGGGAAAAGGAGGUCGCUGCAAUGGUCACCUGUUGCUCGAGGCUGGCGGAUUGCCAAUGAGGGCGAUUGCAACAGUGGGGAUGCUGCGGCGUUGCCAACCCGAGCCCGGGCCCUUUCAAAUCAGGAGAUUUGGAUCUCAUCGUCUGGACGGAGAAUCGCCCGCAAGGUGGUCUUUACUCUUUGCUCUGAGCAUCAAUCAUCCCCAGCCUGGAAGUCGUGAUGGGACCCAGCAAUUUGGUGGGCACCCGACCUCGGAGGCCUGUCCAGCGCUUGCUCGUUUUGCGCAAGUCAGGAACGCUGCGGUGGGGAACAUGACAAGUAUGGUCCAAUCAUGGCCCAGGAAAAUGGGGCCAUUUGACAAUUUGAGUUUAUUUCUCGUUCCAGUUAGCAAUAUCGGCUGCUGCUAUCAUGCUUUCAUGGGUCCCUCUGGUUCAGAUUCAUGUCCAAUCUUGCGAUCAGAGAUGCAGAGCGAGCGAAGCCGAUGGGCAUGGAAAACGGCCGGUACCUUGGUACGGGGGAUGGACUGAUUGGAUGGAACUCGAAAUUGCGAUAUGUCAAAGAUGCGCCGAGUCGCCAGAAAGCCCCCAGAGCUCUCCAGUAUUGCAUGACAAGAUAACUUGAAGGAGCAAAGCCGCAGCGGGGAUUGUGGAGACUCACCGGAAUUAAUCGAGCUUCACGGGAACAACCUCGACCGACUGUUGGAAAGAGAAUGAGGGAGGGCGCAAGUCGAGAGUAUCUUUGUCAAAAGUACCGCUCCACUGGAGCCUGUUCAAGGUCAAACACCGUCCCCUGAUGAUAGACCUGGACACCCCAUCUCGUGGAUUCAUGGAUGCUUCGAGGAUAC